GCAUUAAUGUCUGAUCUCACGGCCUCUCCUGGCCUCUUUCUUCUCUCUCUAUCUGACUUAUAUUCCGGAUCACCACAGGACCUUUUCUUUCGCGGUGGAAAAAAAGAAAAAGAAAACCCCUUAACCAAACCACCUAUUUCUCUCUUUCGUUUGACAUUUUCAACAACCCACCGCACAGGGCUAGUAGAUAAGACAAUAUCAGUUUUCUCGGUUGUCUUUAUUUGCUUUCCGGUUUGUGGGUCUUUCUGUUUUUUGGCUACUAUUUGUUGGUUUUUUCUGAACACAGACAAUCGUUGCCUUUCUGGGUUUGUUUUCGUACGACAAAUCCUAUCUGAAAAUAUCUAUUUUUUCAAUAUGAGUAUAAAUGUUUCUCGAUGGGAUUUUCUUAUUUCUCUGUUUGCAUAGAAACAAAAUCGUUGGUUCUGUUUUUGGCUUGGUGGGUUUGCGUUGUUUUCGUGCAAUUGGUUAUAUAUAUUCGUUUCCGUGACUGUUGACGGGUUGAUGUCUUUGGCUGUUGGAGCUGUUUCAAGUUCCAAGAACAUGGGGUUUGAUGAAAACGAGGAGGGAGGAGAAAUGAGUACAAGGCAAACAAUGCCAGCAAAUCAAGAGGCUAAUCAUGAUGAGGGAGAGAGGAUAAGCAGACAGAAGAGUGAGACCUCUGUAUAUACAACCGAGGAGGAAGAUGAUGAGGGAAGCAAAUUAGAGUUGGGUCCUCAGUACACUCUCAAAGAACAGCUCGAGAAGGAUAAGGAUGAUGAGAGCCUGAGAAGGUGGAAGGAACAGCUUCUCGGGAGUGUUGAUCUUAACAACGUUGGAGAAACUCUUGACCCAGAUGUGAAGAUCCUUAGUCUGUCAAUCGUCUCACCUGGCAGAUCUGACAUUGUUCUUCCUAUACCUGGAGAUGGAAAUCCAACUGGUUUGUGGUUUACAUUGAAAGAAGGUAGCAAAUACCACUUGAAAUUCUCCUUUCAAGUGAGCAACAACAUAGUAUCUGGUCUUAAGUACACCAACACUGUUUGGAAAUCUGGUCUCAAGGUGGACAGCGCCAAAGAGAUGAUUGGGACAUUCAGUCCUCAGCUUGAGCCUUAUUCACAUGUGAUGCCAGAAGAGACCACCCCUUCUGGCAUUUUUGCCAGAGGAUCAUAUUCUGCUAAAUCAAAGUUUCUUGAUGAUGAUGACAAGUGCUACUUGGAGAUCAACUAUAAAUUUGACAUCCGAAAGGAAUGGGGUGCUACUUAACCAGAGAAACUUAUGAACAAACACUAGCAUAUCCCAGUAUUCAGUUGAUUUUAUUAAUUUUUAACUAGUACUAGAUUUUAUCUAAAUAUCAAUUGCAUAAUUAUCUUUUAAGUCUUAAUUAUAAAAAGUUCCUACCUGUGGCAAUUGUAUGAGAGAGAUUGAGGGAUUCUUAGGUGACUGCUUGUAUAAGAAGGAGAAUUUAAACUGUC